AUGCAGCAACCAACUCAAGCGGUCUCCACUACUCAAGGUACAGAGCCAGUAGCAACAUUCAAGGUAUGUUUUAACUUUCGCCAGCUUGCAAAUCCUACUGAUUUUUUCUAAACCGAUUGCCGUUGUUUAAUGUUAAUUGCUCUUAUAACAGCUUGUUCUUGUUGGUGACGGUGGUACAGGGAAGACAACGUUUGUUAAACGCCAUUUGACAGGAGAAUUCGAGAAAAAAUAUGUUGGUGAGUACGCGACGUGCAAAAUUAUACAAUACGUGCGGUACCUUGAGAAGAGACAUGCCCAAUAGUUACCUUCAGUUUGUCGUGUUCGGAACUCUUGAGACGUAAAUCGCUCUUCUUCUCAUAAAAUAUUUGGCAGAGCAAUUUAUGCUACACCUGGCUGCGUACAAACAGUAAGCUUAACUAAAUCGUACAUGUGACCAUCAGUGCUCUAAUCGUGUUUCUUUGGUACAUUGCCGAUCGCUACUUUUUUCAAAACUGUUAAGAAAUAGAGGUAAUUUGGUAGACGACGAUGAACUUUAUGGUCACAGCCAUUCCUAUUGCAAUCGCUCCAUGCACUUUUCUUGUUCCGGUUUUGUAGUUUUCAGAAGUAAUAGGUAACAUCGGGUGAAACCAGAUUAGACAACUUAUGAGGUGUACACCCUCCAUUAUUCUCUAAAAGUAUAAAUACUGGAACAGCACCCCACUAACCUUGUAGAAUUGCUUAAAAAAAAAAGCAAAACAGCAGAGUGCCAGUUAUGGAGAGAACAUACAAGAGAGUUAAACACUGAUCUGAAAUGAUUGUGCACAAGUCAAUGGAAAGCCCUGCACCCCAAUACCCGGAUAAUGUGGGGAAUUUCUUUAAUUUUAGACUGUUCUUUUUGUCAUGGUGUGCGGGGUUUCAACUACAUUUAGAUGCAAGUAUCAGGGAGCCGGGACAAAAAGCAGGGCUUAGGCAGGGAUUCACUUUCGACCCCAUGUUGAAUAGGCACGCCGCGCAAAGAUCACUGGGAGAAUAGACCUUUUCAUGGUUUUUUCAGCUUUUAACAUGGACAACUUAGGAAAAAUCUGUCGACAACAUUGGAAAGAGCACCUUAAAAUUAGUAAGAUUGUCAAAUUUGAAAGUGAUACAUUUUAUGCAAGCAAAGAUUGCGAAAAUUUACAGACGUUUGUAUGGUGGGGGCAAGUUUGUGCCCCCCACCAUACAAGCGUCUGGAAAAUUUCGCGACUUUGAGGAGCAAUAUCUUUGUUAGUUUUCAACAAAUCACAUUCAAACUAGGCAAUUUUAUUAAUCUUAAGGUGUUCUUUUUAGUGGUGUCGAUGGAUUCUCUCCAACUUGUACAUGUCAAAAGUUGAAAAAAAAAACAUGAAAAGGUCUAUAUAUGGUCUCACUUCAUUCAAUUUUGGCUGCAUGAGAAAGAGAAAUGGACAGUACUGUUAAUGUAAAUAUCUGUUAAAGUUCAGUUGGAGACAAAAAUUCUUAAAUAUAUUAAAAAAUGAUUUUGGUCAACAUUGUGCAUUUGUUAUUUUUUGAAGUACUUUAUUGCCCCAGGAGUGGGGACCAAAAGUGCAGUUUGACGCUCAAAAUUGCCCCGCGGCUUAGUCUAAUACCCCUCUAUUCCCCAGGUAUGGGGGUGCGGGGCUUUCCCCUGACUAGUGCAUUAGGGUUAAGCACUGAACUGAAAAUGGUUAGCUUUCAAAUGAAUGGGAUAUGGCAGAAGUAAGUGUCUACUGCAUUUCCUCGAAUAAUAGCUGUCCAAGGAUUAAUCGCCACCCUCGAAUAAUCGCCCCCACUCACCCCUCUUGCCACUUUCUCUUUAUUUUAUCCCCUCCCUAUCAAGUUGAAGUAGGAUCUGAUCCAGCAAAACUGAUGAGUGACAAUUCAAGCUCUGAAAACUAAUCAACGAACCAAAUUUGGAACACUUAAAAGGCCCAUGUUCAGUUUACUUGAUGUGAUAAUUUUUUGAUUCAAUGGAAUAAUAAAACAAACUAUAUAGGGGACUUCUUCUAGGGAGCAAUAUUUGAAAUGAUCAUCCCUGGCUAUUAUUCGAGGAAAUACGGUAUUUUAGGAAUUACUAGAUUUGGCAGCUAAGCCUCAUGUAGUGGAUACAGUUGUAGGGUAUGAAGGAAGUGGCUCAGGUUGAAAGUGUCCCAGUCCUGUGUAACUGUCUUAUAUUACACAGGAAGUAAGAUUUUUUCAUGUAAUUUUACUGAAAGAAAGUCUGGCUUCAGCUUGAUGUUACCUAAUGCUAACCUUAAUACAUAAUUAAACAAGCUUCAUUAAAGCAUCUAUUCACACUAGCAAGUUUUUCUUGAUAGUGCUAUGGAUUAAGAAAAACUUUGACAAAUUUUUUCCUUACACUGAGAUUGAACUUUAAGAUUCGCUCUUCUUACACUAAGCAUAAAGAGGAAAACUUGCUAGAGUAAUUGAGGCUUUGGCAAAGUGACCAGUUAGGUUGCAUUGAUAAUGGUGCAAACAUGUGAUACAAGUUUUAUUUUGAUUACUUUUAUAAUAGCCACAUUAGGAGUUGAGGUUCAUCCAUUAGUCUUCUAUACAAACAGAGGUCCCAUUCGCUUCAAUUGCUGGGACACAGCUGGUCAAGAGAAGUUUGGUGGUCUUCGUGAUGGUUACUAUAUCCAAGGGCAGUGUGCCAUCAUCAUGUUUGACGUUACAUCAAGAGUAACAUACAAAAAUGUACCAAACUGGCACAGAGAUCUUGUUCGAGUGUGUGAAAAUAUCCCCAUUGUUCUCUGUGGAAACAAGGUGGACAUCAAAGAUCGCAAAGUCAAGGCUAAAACAAUAACUUUUCACAGAAAGAAGAAUUUGCAGGUAUUAAAACUUCACGAAAUAUGUCAGUUUUCUUUAUUGUCAUUGUUAGGGUCACUCAUUCAUUCACUUAUUUUUGCCAUUAACCACAUACAAAUACAACAAGAAUAUACAGAAAUUUAUAAUACAUUUAAAAGAUAAUAUACACGUCUAUUCUAACUAAAUUAUUUACAAAAUUAAAUGUUUAAGGUGGUAAGGACAAGGAAGCCUACGUGUAUAUAGAAGCGGGGAGUUUAUAAACUAUAGGCUUCCUGGAACUAUAGGCUAAACCAUGCAAGUUAAGGGUACUGAAUGAAAAUUUGGAUUAAUUUUUAAAAGUAAAGAAAAGAAAAAAGAAAAGGUAUGUGGCUCAACAAAGAGUAUAUUUCACUAAGAAAGAAGGGAUUUUUGAUGCUUACAUGGGCUUUAAGGGUUCUGAGCAUUUUCUUGAAAUGGUUAACACCUCCUCAGGGCUUGAAAAAAGUCUGAUCCAGUAGUCCAGGACGAGUACAUUUUCAGGAUGGAGGAGAAGUACAGUCUAACCUCUCCUUACGGACACCUCCCUAUAAUGGACAGUUUGUUUGGUCCCAGAAAUGCCAAAAAUCAUACAUUCCCUGCCUCUAUUAAUAUGGACACCUCUGUAAAGCGAACAAUAAAUUUGCUUCUGUCCCUUUGGUGUCCGUAUUAAAGAGGUUUGACUGUAACUUAUAAAGCUGACUUGCCCAAUGUUCAAGGGUCCAGGCAAGUGAUCCUCUAACAAAAUCAUCAACUAGGAGGAAGAAGUGGCCAUGAGGACAAGCUGGAGUUUCACAUUUUUUAGCCCUCCUCCUGCAGUGAUUUUGUUACCCCGUGUCCUGUGUCUCUGACGCUUAAAAAUUCUCAAGGACAUAAAAUAUUUCUUUGGGACGUAAUAAUCAAUCAAUCUAAAAGAUGUUUUUAAAAGGAUGCCCUGUUUGCACAAUUUGAAAUAUGUAUUGAGAGCUACCUCCAAACAAGAGAGUAACACUGUGCGUUCACAAAAUAGUUUAAGAAUAAUUUCUGAACAAAUAGACAGAUAUCUUCACACAGAUUCUCUGAUACUGUUUUUUUACUCAUUAUGUUUGCCAUCUAUGGAAAGCACAUGGCUGAACCAAGAUGGCAGACAGUGGUUCCUAACAUGGCAAAGCAUUUUUGUAACUGAUUGUAUCAAGCUUUAGGGCUUGUUAACAUUAAAAAGAAAUUAGAAAAUAGAACAUUUUUUGUCAGGAAGGGUGUAAUAAUUUUUUAAUAUCAGUACACUGUAAUGUAUUACAGAGAUAAGUGCUUUGCUGUUGAAAGUAGACUACAGAUUAAACGUGAUUGUCUGGUUUCAUGUGAGUUCUGGCAUCUUUUAAUAUAAUAAGGACUCAUUGGGUCAUUGAUUCCGGACUGAGACUUGUGAUUUUUCAUGAGAUGAGUCCCAGGACUCACUAUUACCAUUGUAACAAAUUCACUGUCCUGUUUAAACUUAAAACAAAACAUUUGUUUAGAGGUAAAACAUUAAAAUUAUAGCAAGAGUAUUUCCAGUUUUUUUGGUUGCUUUAAGUUUUUUCAAAAACUAUUUGACUAGUGGACAUGCAGCUAAGAGUUGUUUAAUAUUGUACACUUGAUGUCAGGUCCAGAGGGACACAGUUUUAUUUUCUUGAGACAUUAGGACUUAGAGAAAACUAAAUAAACUUGUUUCCAGAGGUACCCGACAUUAAGUGUUUUGUUAUAUUCUUAGACUUUCACUUAAACAGCGAUGAAGAAUAUAGAACGAAUCAAAACAAUAUCAUUACUUAUAGAGCUUUAAAAGAACACUAAUUCAAUUUGCAAAAGCGCUGAAUGAGUGAUUCACAAAGUACUUCCCUUGCAUCAAAUGGCGUGCACAGAAUGUCACCAAUUCCACUCAGCCUUUGAAAGAAAACCAGUUGCAAAUAUAUUUAAAUCAAACAAAUGGAUCAAAUGCACAGGUAACUUGCAGUCCUUGUGUCGUACUUGACAAGAAAAUGUAUUUCCAAGUGUUGUUAAUUGUGUAGGUCACACAGCAGUAAAAGUAAAGUACACUAAAUUAAUACUCUUUUGUUUCAGUACUAUGACAUCAGUGCCAAGAGCAACUACAACUUUGAAAAACCAUUCCUAUGGUUAGCAAGGAAACUUGUUGGUGAUCCAAACCUGGAGUUUGUUGAGAUGCCAGCUCUUGAACCUCCUGAGGUCCACAUGGAUCCACAAAUGGCAGCAAUGUACGAGAAAGAACUUCAAGCUGCUCAAGCUACAGCUCUCCCGGAAGAAGAAGAUAAUGACUUGUAGUUUUAGAAGCAUGGGUCCUGUUAGUUUCAAGAGUGAGGAUAGCAACUAUGCUUCACUUUACUUCAACCUCAUAUUAUUAUAGUAUUUGAGUUAUUAUAUACUUUGUAAAUGUCCAAUUUUUGUUAUGGAAGUUAAACAGAGUACAUAUAAAUGAGUGAAUAGAACAACACAGCAGAUUGUUAGUUAGAAAAAUCCUUCAG